GCUUUUUUAUGUUCUUUGCGGAGGGAAAAUUGUUUAGCGGAUUCGGUUCAUCACUUCCCCUUUUCGGGUGCGAGAUCAGACUGCCCCACGCCGACCCGAACAUGGCAGAAAUUGAAACCCUGGGUAUCCUCGACGAGAUACAGUCCCUCGUCUCGGAUAAGCUUCAAGUGGUGUCAUACAAAUGGCUGAGUCGAAAUUUUUUGGUGUCCUCAAACGACGCAAAAAGGCUGCUUCAGGAUUUUGUUGAGAAGCGUGGGACCGGAGUAGAGGUAGUUUAUACUUUGUCUGGCUGGUUGAAAACUGAUCCUUCGGUUUAUCAUAUCAGGCUUGUGUCCAAGCCUAAACUUACAGAAGUAAAGCAAGAAUUUGAUGAGAAUUGCUCAGUUCAAAUCUAUAGCGUGCAAGCUUGCUUACCAAAAGACCCAGCAGUCCUUUGGAAUGCUGAAUUUGUCCAAGCAGAAGAGCUCUUUAAGCAGCCCCAUGAAGUUGAUAAUUGUCUGCGAGAUAACAGAUUUUGUGGAGUACUAAAUUCCUUUGUCAAGAGAAAUGCUGAAGAAGCAAAUGGAACCACAAGUGUGCUACCAGUGAAAACUACCGGGACCUCAGGGUCAUCUGGAUACACCUUGGCCAACCAGAGUCCAACAAUUCCACAACCGCAGCAGAAAAAGGUUCAGGGAUCAAGCCCUAAUGUCACAUUGCAAUCCCCAAAUGUGGUCAAAGAUGUUAAAAAUGAGAGUAAGCCUGCUGAGAACAAACUGAAAGUUCCUCAAUUGGCUGUUAAUACAAAAAAGGUAGAGACUGAUAAGAACUCUUCUGGAACCGGAGGUGCAUUGGCUAAUAUGUGGGGUCGUGCAUCUGCAAAGUCCAAAGCUGAGUGCGCCUCUGCAAAAACUAAUGGCAUAUCAAAUUCUGCAGCAAUUGCAGAUGCACAAAUAUGUGCUCGUGAAGAAAUAGAGCAUGAAAGCAGUGAUGAUGAAGGUCAAGGUGUCAACGUCAAGCGGUCGUACAAUGGCGAAGUUGGUCGGAAGAGGAGGGUUGUUUUUGACUUCUCAGACGAAGAAGACGAAUUCAAAGAUGCUGUCAAUCUAGCAUCCCCAGAUCCUCCAAAGAAGAAAUCAAUGCUGGAUUCAAAACGAAGCUCUUAUUCUUCAGACAUUGAGAAGAGCAAGUUGAAUUUUGAGGAAGAGAAAGAAGAUAAACCAAAUUUCAAGCAUAGAAAAGAAACCGACAGAAAAUCAAAGGAAGAGAAUCUAGCGUUCGGCAACCACAACAACAUGAACUCUUCUUCUUCGGAGAAGGUUAUAAACCAUGUGCCUGCUGUUGACACAAUUGUGAAGGAUAAAACAAGGGAUGCUGCUCCAAAUUCACGUAAAAGGAAAAAAGUACUAAAAACAAGGAUUGAUGAGCGUGGAAGAGAAGUAACUGAGGUUGUUUGGGAGGGUGAGGAGGAGACAAAGCCUGAGAGUGACACAACAAAGAAGGCUGACAACAUUCCAGCCAGCAACAAUUCUAACAGACCAUCUGCUGUUAAGAAGUCACCAGCUGUAACUGCUAAUGCUCCAUUAAACCAAGUUGGCAAAACGGGAAGUAAGAAAGCAGGGAACAAGGAUCCUAAACAAGGGAAUAUUCUGUCUUUUUUCAAGAGGGUUUAAGGAGAUUGCUAUAGAAACUGCUGCAAUUGUCUGGUUCUUUGCGUUAUGCUCCAAUGUUGAUAAAAUCAUGGCGUUUGUCGUGCUCGUGCAUGCUUUCUUGUCAGGAUAAUCCUUUGUUCAUGGUUUUCUCUUCAAAUGUUUGUAUAGUUCUGCUACCUCUUCUUGGCUGUGCUUAGACUUCAUAAGAAUAGUUUCUUGAUUAGUUGAUAGGAACUUUAACCCAUCUUGGUGAACAAUGAGAUUUUCAGUUUUCAAAGCUAAUCAGGAAAGACAGUUAGGAGUUUGGUGGCUUA